AUGGCGGCACCGGAAGGAGAACGCGAAAACUGGGACGUCCUGGGCGAGUACACCAACAAGACCCUGAGGCUGAAGGCUGAUCGCUGGACGAAGGCGAUGCACAAUGAAGACACGAGGUCCACGAUCUUGGAUUUCCUCGACGGCAAUGCUGAACAGGUCUUGGUAAGCCAAAACUUGUCCAACCAGCUAGUAUCCUCCAGCGAGGUUCCAGCUGGCUUGAGAACCAAAGGAGUUUAUUAUCUCAAAACGAGUGACGUCCCUCUCAUCCGCGAGGAGGACAGCAGCAAUGUCCGCGAACAUGUUAUUUUUGGAGACAUUUCACCGCAGCCUUUGGACCAACUCUCCACGCUCAUUGAAGAGGUAUUCAUCCCUCUGCUGGAGAACCCCGGCAAUCGGGAGGGAUGGCCGGACAUGGUCAAAGAGGACGUGUCCCGCCAGCUCUACUCUCUCAGGGGUACUGUGUAUCGCAUGUGGGGACAACUGCGAGGACAGACGCUUCUACCGCUGCCCUUUGGCAUGGAUGCUCUCGAAAAGGCAGAGAGACAUGCACUUGAAACAGGAGAGAUGACGGACUCGCAGCUGAAGAGCGCCAUCGAGGGCGUGGUGAUCAAGUGGGUGCACCAAGUGGACGAGGUGCUCAACCAGGACACGGACGACCUGGCCGGUCCCGACCACUUCCCGACACCGCUCGAGGAGAUCACCUUCUGGAGCAAACGGCGAGAGAACUUCAGUCAUAUCGCAAGGCAACUCAAAGAUAAGAAGGUCAUGAUGAUGUCCAAUAUCUUAGAGGUGACAGAAUCAGCUUACUAUCCAGCCUUUGUCAAGAUGUGUGCAGACGUUAACAUGGCAAGACAACCGUCCCCACUCAGCGAGUCCCUUUCUUCGUCAGCUGUGCACGAGGCGCGCGACAUCAUGAUCCACCUGACGCCCCUCAAGCCCAUGCUGGAGGAGAUGGAGUCGAUGGAGUUCCAGGAGGCGCCGCCGCUCAUCCCGCCGCUCGUGCACUGCAUCUGCCUCCUGUGGGCGCACUGCCCCGACUACCGCAAGCCGGACCGCAUCGUCACGCUCUUCAGGGAGAUCACCAACCUCCUCAUCGGCAUGGGGAGAGCCUUCAUAGGAACGAUAGGAUUUCAGGCUGAGACUACGGAGCCUCUACAGAAGAUCAACACCUGCGUUUCCGUAUUCAAAACCUUCAGAGACAGCUUCGAAGAGCACCGAGCGAGGGUGGACACGUACUUCCCCGAGGACGAGCGUCCCCGCCGAUGGGAGUUCCACCCCACCCACGCCUUCGCCCGGAUGGACCAGUUCCUCUCCCGUCUCGCUAACAUCAAGGAAAUAUUUGACAUUGCCAAAGAAUUCCUCAAGAUCGAGAAAGUGGAAUUCGGCGGACCUAAAGGCAAGAACAAAACAAAGCCCGUAACACUGAGCACACUCCCUCCGGCCGCCCACAGCGAGUUCAACGAGGCCUACACCGCCUUCUCCAUCCGCACCUACGACUGCCUGGACCCCGCCGAGGCCGAUUUCGACGAGAGCCACCGCCAGUUCAAGAAGAAGGUGACGGAGCUCGAGCAGCGCCUCAGCCUCAUCGUGAACCACGCCCUCCAGGAGAGCCAGAGUCCCGAGGCCUACUUCAAGGUGGUUGAACUGCUUGGAAGCAUCCUCGAGCGGCCGAUCAUCCAAGCGGAAUACACCAUCUGUCUGCCACACUUGCUUCAGCUCCUCAAGCAGGAGAUCGAGACGGCUAAGGAGUUGUUCGAGAACUGGCAGCACAGCAGCGGGAUCAUCCUCGUGGACGAGUUUGACGAGGAUGAAGAAGGCGCUGCCGGAGGCUCGGAAGACAAGGAUGAUCAGGCGGGGGAGGAGGAGGCGGCGGCGGAGGGCGCUGAGGAGGACAAGGCAACGCAUCGCUACUUCCCUCCCGUGGUCGGCAAACUCAAGUACCUGAAGGAGGUGCAGAACCGCGUCAGCAACAACAUGGCUAUGUUCGCCGAGCUGAAGCAUGCCGUGGUGUCGAGCGAGGAGGGCGCGGCGCUGCUGAAGCAGUGGCAGGAGGUGGAGGCGGGCCUGGACGCGUCCAUGAGGACCGUGGUGGACGAGUGGAAGGUCAUCGCGUCCGCCGACUACACCGGCCCGCUCAGCCAGCCGCUGCUGCACCGCUGCCAGGACAGCACGCUCGCCGUCAACUUCAGCCCCGAGCUGGUGCGGGUGCUGAGGGAGCUUCGCUACGUGUGGGUCCUCGGCGAGGACCUCUCCGAGGGCACCGAGCUCGCCUCUCGACGCGAGACCUUCCGGAAAUACACCGCUAAUCUGCAGCUGGUCACGGACUGGUACAACCACAUUCGGACUAACACAAACGAAGUUGAAUUCAGCCUCAUUAGGAAAGAAAUGGAGGACAUUGAUGCGACAGUCUUGAAGGCAGAGGCGGAACUCACGUGGAAUUCCGAAGGAGUUUGGGAAUACAUCGUGGCGCUGCGGGACACAGUGAGCGACCUGGAGAUCCGCGUGCAGCAAGUACAGGCCAACGUGCGCCGAGUAGAUGACAUCAUGCUGACAUGGGUGUUGAAGCCCAUCUUCGAGAGGCGUGAGGGGAAAAAGGACACACUGUUGAACCUUGAGGAUAGGGCGGAGAGACUCAAGAAAGUGUACACAGCCAUGGAGCAAGACGGGGCUAAGAUUCGCGGCAUGGUAGACGAGAACAAGCGCCUCCUCAAAGUGCCUGAGAAUUCCACGCACUGGGAUCGCUACCUCCUCUUUCUGGACCACAUGAUCACACGAGGCCUUGUGGACGGCGUCAGUUGCAGCCUGUUCUACCUGCUGGACAACUGCGAGUUGAGGGUCAAUCAGUUCCCCUUGCUCGAGGCCCGGCUGGAGCUGCAGGAACCUUACCUCAUCAUCCGCCCUUCGCCCGAGGAGCUUCGCAGCCUGGUGGAGACCCUUGUGGGGGAAAUUCUUCACAUCUGCGACCUCGUGCCCCGUCUGGCUACUCACACUCACACGUCGUAUUUGCCUGAUGUUGAGAAAGAUGAAGAAGUUUCACAUCUGAAGGAGACGUUGGUGGGGAGAUUCGAGGCGGCUGCGUCCCAAGUGGCCGAGCACCGCGACCAGUUCCUGCAGCACCAAUCCCUCUGGCGGGAUCGGCGCGACGACGUUCUGGAGAGGUUCCUCACAUCAGAGGAAGAUGGAAAGCAGCCUGGGCUUCCCAAGUUCAAGCAGCAGAUUGACAAGUACGAGCAGCUGCACGCCGAGCUCGAGAAUAUAGACACGAUGGUUGUGUUCGACAAAUGGCUGCGCCUGGACGUGCGGCCCUUCAAGCACGGCCUGCUGGAGAACACCAAGAAGUGGGCGCAGAUGUAUAAGCAACACCUCAUCGCGCAAGUGACGGACAGAUUUAAGGAAUCGUUUAUUGCACAUCAUAUCAAACUUGGAUUUAGUAAACGUCUUUUUGAUGAAAUUCCCCAACUUGAACACAAAGAUACAACACCUAACCAAAAAGCGUUGUCCUGCAUCACUCGCCAUAGCCUGACGGAGUUAGACAACUUCAUCAAGACGACUGAGGUGGGGGUGGCGCAGGACCUCAACAAUGGGGACUACGACACCCUAGUAUCCAUCAUGGCGCACCUGGUGAGGGUCAGGGACAGGAUCCACACCACGGACGCCAUGUUCGAUCCGCUCAAGGCCAUCAUCGCCCUCGUGCAGCAGUACGGCGACGACCUGCCGGAGACCAUGCACCUCAAGCUGCAGGUGGGACUAGCCUCCGCUUAUGUUGCAAAUGCAGGUACAACCACAUUCGGACUAACACAAACGAAGUUGAAUUCAGCCUCAUUAGGAAAGAAAUGGAGGGACAUUGAUGCGACAGUCUUGAAGGCAGAGGCGGAACUCACGUGGAAUUCCGAAGGAGUUUGGGAAUACAUCGUGGCGCUGCGGGACACAGUGAGCGACCUGGAGAUCCGCGUGCAGCAAGUACAGGCCAACGUGCGCCGAGUAGAUGACAUCAUGCUGACAUGGGUGUUGAAGCCCAUCUUCGAGAGGCGUGAAGGGAAAAAGGACACGCUGUUGAACCUUGAGGAUAGGGCGGAGAGACUCAAGAAAGUGUACACAGCCAUGGAGCAAGACGGGGCUAAGAUUCGCGGCAUGGUAGACGAGAACAAGCGCCUCCUCAAAGUGCCCGAGGACUCCAGGCACUGGGAUCGCUACCUCCUCUUCCUGGAUUACAUGAUCACACGAGGCCUUGUGGACGGCGUCAGUUGCAGCCUGUUCUACCUGCUGGACAACUGCGAGUUGAGGGUCAAUCAGUUCCCCUUGCUGGAGGCCCGGCUGGAGCUGCAGGAACCUUACCUCAUCAUUCGCCCUUCGCCCGAGGAGCUUCGCAGCCUGGUGGAGACCCUUGUGGGGGAAAUUCUUCACAUCUGCGACCUCGUGCCCCGUCUGGCUACUCACACUCACACAUCGUAUUUGCCUGAUGUUGAGAAAGAUGAAGAAGUUUCACAUCUGAAGGAGACGUUGGUGGGGAGAUUCGAGGCGGCUGCGUCCCAAGUGGCCGAGCACCGCGACCAGUUCUGCAGCACCAAUCCCUCUGGCGGGAUCGGCGCGACGACGUUCUGGAGAGGUUCCUCACAUCAGAGGAAGAUGGAAAGCAGCCUGGGCUUCCCAAGUUCAAGCAGACAGAGCAGGCACCCCCGCUCGAGAAAUAGACACGAUGGUUUUGUUCGACAAAGGCUGCCCCCCCGGGACGUGCCCCCUUCAAAAGGCCUGCUGGAGAACCCCAAAGAGGGGGCGCAGAGUAACAACCUCAUCGCGAAAGAAAAAAAAUUAAAAGAAAAACUCCCUAAACCUGCCCCGCCCCGGGAGCUCCCCGAGCAGGGGGAAUCCAAGAAGCAGUGCGACCUCACCCGCAGCACGUGGGCCUCUAAAGGCCCAAACGGGUCUGGGUCAUCGGGAAAGAAAUGCAUCAAUUUCAAACGGGCAAAAAUUUACGGAAAAAAGUUCAAGAAGUAUUCGUUUUUCAAUUACCUGCGAACUCCCUACUGGGGCCCCGGAAAGGGUAAAAACCCAGGUGACCACUGGGGGAGGAAUGCACGUGCGGAGUCUGCCAUGCUCUUCGAGGUCGUCAUUCCCGAGUUCAAGCACAUGAAAUCCUGCAGGAAGGAGCUGAGAUUACUGAAGCAACUCUGGGAUCACAUCUGCCUCGUGCGAGCAUGCAUCAACCACUGGAAGACGACCCCCUGGAGGGAGGUGGACGUGGAGAACAUGGACAUCGAGUGCAAGAAGUUCGCGAAAGACAUCAGAGCUCUGGACAAGGAGAUGCGGGUGUGGGACGCCUACGUGAACCUGGACUCCACCGUGAAGAACAUGCUGACGUCGCUGAGGGCGGUGGCCGAGCUGCAGAACCCGUCGCUGAGGGAACGCCACUGGGGACAGCUCCUCGUGGCCACCAAGAAGGGGGACGGCACCUCCACGGCGGCCUUCGUGAACUUCGUGGAUAAUCCUAAGACAACCUUAGCAGACUUACUCGAGCUCAACCUCCACAUGCACGAGGACGAGGUUAAGAACAUUGUCGACAAAGCAGUCAAAGAAAUGUCCAUGGAGAAGAUCAUUAAGGAACUGGACGUGACCUGGUCAACCAUGGAAUUCCUGGUGGACACGCAUCCUCGCACGGGCGUCGACCUCAUUCGCACUUCGGAGGAGAUGAUCGAGACGCUCGAGGAAAAUCAGGUCCAGCUCCAGAAUCUUAUGACAUCGAAGUAUAUUGAACACUUCCUAGAGGAGGUGUCAGCAUGGCAGAACAAACUGUCCAUCGCCGACCAGGUCAUCACUCUCUGGUUCGAGGUCCAGCGCACCUGGAGCCACUUGGAGUCGAUCUUCAUCGGGUCGGACGACAUUAGGCGGCAGCUGCCCGAAGACUCGGCCAGGUUCGACCAGAUCGACAUUGACUUCAAGAAACUGGUGUCGGAGAUGGUGGCGCACCCGCACGUGCUGAACGCCACGAACCGCGAGGGCCUCUACCACCGGCUGGAGGCGCUGCAGGCGGAGCUGACGCUGUGCGAGAAGACGCUGGCCGAGUACCUGGAGACGAAGCGCCUGGCCUUCCCCAGGUUCUACUUCGUGUCCACCGCCGACCUGCUCGACAUCCUCUCCAACGGCAACCAGCCCAUCAAGGUCACCAGACGCCGAUGGGCAGAGGACCGCCCUAGAGAGCAGUGGGUGGGCGACUACCCGGCGCAGGUCGCUCUCACAGGAACACAGAUCUUCUGGACAGUCGAAGCCACUGCUGCAUUUGCGCGUCUCGAAGAAGGCUAUGAAAACGCACUGAGAGACUACUAUCGAAAGCAGGUGCAACAGUUGAACGCGCUCAUCUCCCUCCUGCUGGGGGAGCUGACGCGACAGCAGCGCCAGAAGAUCAUGACCAUCUGCACCAUCGACGUCCAUGCGCGAGACGUGGUCGGGAGGCUCAUCAGCGGCAAGGUGGAGUCGGCGGCGGAGUUCGCGUGGCAGUCGCAGCUGCGCCAUAGGUGGGACGAGGAGGAGGCCGACUGCUUCAUGGACAUCUGCGACGCCCGCAUGAAGUACGACCACGAGUACCUGGGCAACACGCCGCGCCUCGUCAUCACGCCGCUCACGGACCGCUGCUACAUCACCCUCACGCAGUCGCUGCACCUGGUGAUGGGCGGCGCCCCCUCGGGGCCUGCGGGCACGGGCAAGACCGAGACGACGAAGGACCUCGGCCGCGCUCUCGGCAUGAUGGUCUACGUCUUCAACUGCUCCGAGCAGAUGGACUACAAGUCCUGCGGCAACAUCUACAAGGGCCUGGCGCAAACCGGCGCCUGGGGCUGCUUCGACGAGUUCAACAGGAUUUCCGUGGAGGUUCUUUCUGUCGUGGCUGUCCAGGUGAAGAGUGUGCAGGAUGCCAUCAGGAACAAGAAGAAAAACUUCGACUUCAUGGGAGAGCCGAUCCGACUGACGCCUUCGGUCGGCAUCUUCAUCACCAUGAACCCAGGUUACGCCGGAAGGACGGAACUGCCGGAGAACCUCAAGGUUCUCUUCAGGCCAUGCGCCAUGGUGGUGCCUGAUCUGGAGCUCAUCUGCGAGAUCAUGCUGGUGGCGGAAGGCUUCAUCGAGGCGAAGGUCCUCGCGCGGAAGUUCAUCACUCUCUACCGCCUUUGCCGCGAGUUACUCUCCAAACAGAGCCACUACGACUGGGGUCUGCGAGCGAUCAAGAGUUUACUUGUGGUUGCCGGAUCUCUAAAGCGUGACGACCCUGAGCGCCCUGAGGACCAGGUGCUGAUGCGUGCCCUCAGGGACUACAAUGUACCGAAAAUCGUGACCGACGACGUGCCCGUAUUCAUGGGCCUCAUCGGGGACCUCUUCCCCGCCCUGGACGUUCCCCGCAAGAAGGACCUCGACUUCGAGAAGGCCGUCAAGGAGGCAGCGGUCGACCUUAAGCUGCAACCGGAGGACAGUUUCAUCCUCAAGGUGGUGCAGCUGAAGGAGCUCCUGGAGGUGCGUCACAGCGUGUUCAUCAUCGGGCAGGCGGGCACGGGCAAGACGCAGGUGUGGCGCACGCUCUUCAGGACGACGCAGAACAUGAAGAAGAAGCCCGUGUGCUACGACCUGAACCCGAAGGCCGUGACGACGGACGAGCUCUUCGGCUACAUCAACCCCGCCACCAGGGAGUGGAAGGACGGCCUCUUCUCCAGCCUGAUGCGCGACCAAGCCAACAUGGCUGGCGACGCUCCCAAGUGGAUCAUCCUGGACGGCGACAUCGACCCCAUGUGGAUCGAGUCCCUCAACACGCUCAUGGACGACAACAAGAUCCUGACGCUGGCCAGCAACGAGCGCAUUUCGCUGACGCCGCAGAUGCGCCUCCUGUUCGAGAUCAGCCACCUGCGCACGGCCACCCCGGCCACCGUGUCUCGCGCCGGCAUCAUCUACCUGAACCAGGGCGACCUGGGAUGGAACCCUUACGUCACCAGCUGGAUUGAUAGCCGCGAGGUCCAGAGCGAGAAGGCCAACCUCAUGGUCCUGUUCGACAAGUACAUCCCGACUUGCCUGGAGAUCAUGCGAGUCCGCUUCAAGAGGAUCACGCCCAUGCCCGAGAUCACGCACCUCAUGAUGCUGUGUCAGCUCCUGGACUGCCUCUUGACGCCGGAGAGCGUGGCUCCUGACAGCCCGAAGGAGGUCUAUGAGCUGUACUUCGUGUUCGCCGCCGUGUGGGCCUUCGGGUCGGCGCUCUACCAGGACGGAAACAUCGACUAUCGUGUUGAGUUCAGCAAGUGGUUCCAGCUGGAGUUCAAGACGGUCAAGUUCCCGUCUUCAGGCACCGUCUUCGACUACUGCAUCGAGAAGGAAAACCUCCGCUUCACGCCCUGGUCCGAGAAGAUCCCCAAGUUCGAGCUCGAUCCCGACACGCCGCUGCAGUCUAUGAUGGUGCACACGAGCGAGACUGUGCGCCUCAAGUUCUUCAUCGACCUCCUGAUGAACAAACGCCAUCCCGUCAUGCUGGUGGGAACCUCUGGCUGUGGCAAGUCGGCGCUCCUCAACGAGAAACUUAACUCUCUGCCGGAGGAGUAUGCGGUGUGUAACGUGCCCUUCAACUUUUACACUACUUCAGAGCUGCUGCAGCGCGUGCUGGAGAGACCCCUGGAGAAGAAAGCCGGAAAGAACUACGCUCCACCGGGGAACAAGAAACUUGUCUACUUCAUCGACGACAUCAACAUGCCCAUGGUCGACCAGUACGGCACGGUGCAGCCGCACACGCUCAUCCGGCAGCACAUGGACUAUGGCCACUGGUACGACCGCACCAAGCACACGCUCAAGGACAUCCACAACGUGCAGUACGUGGCCGCCAUGAACCCCACAGCAGGAUCCUUCACCAUCAACCCGAGGCUCCAGCGCCACUUCAGUGUCUUUGCAGUCAGCUUCCCUAGUAUGGAGAGCCUCAACCUGAUAUACUCCUCGCUGCUGGACCAACACUUGAAGAGCACUGCCAUGAAGUUCAAUCCAACACUCAUUAGGAUGACGGAGCCCUUGGUGCAGGCCGCUCUCCAGCUGCAUCAGAAGGUCGCCAGCACAUUCAUGCCAACGGCCACUAAGUUCCAUUACAUCUUCAAUUUGCGGGACCUCACAAAUAUUUUCCAGGGCCUCCUGUUCUGCACGGGCGAGACGGUGAAGGCGCCCAUCGAGCUCCUCCGCUGCUGGCUGCACGAGACCCAGCGCGUGUACGGCGACCGCCUUUUGGAGGAAAAGGACCUGGAGAUCUUGACCAAACUCCAGGUUGAUGUUACUAAGAAGAUCUUCGAGGAACUGGACGAGGCGGAGGUCAUGGCCAAGCCCAACGUCUUCUGCCACUUCGCCCGCGGCAUCGGGGAGCCUCGUUACCUCCCCAUCAAGACGUGGGACGACCUUAGUGCCAUCCUGCAGGACGCCCUCACGACCUACAACGAGCUAAACGCUGCCAUGAACCUCGUGCUCUUCGAAGACGCCAUGGCGCACGUGUGUCGAAUCAACCGCAUCCUGGAAUGCCCCCGUGGAAACGCCCUCCUGGUGGGGGUGGGGGGAUCAGGCAAGCAGUCCCUCGCCCGCCUCGCCGCCUUCAUUUCCGGGCUCGAGGUAUUCCAGAUCACCCUCACCAAGGACUACAGCAUCCAGGAGCUCAGGAGCGACUUGGCCAACCUAUACGUGCGUGCCGGACUGAAGAACCUGGGCACGGUGUUCCUCAUGACCGACGCCCAUGUCCCCGACGAGAAGUUCCUCGUGCUGAUCAACGAUCUCCUGGCCUCGGGGGAGAUCCCUGACCUCUUCCCCGAGGACGAAGUGGAAAACUUGUCCUUGGCCCCCCAGGGCGAGGUCAAGAGCACAGGUCAGCAGGACACGCGCGACAACUGCUGGAGGUUCUUCAUCGACCGAGUGAGGAAGAACCUGAAGAUGGUCCUGUGCUUCUCGCCCGUCGGCUCCGCUCUCAGAGUGCGAGCUCGACAGUUCCCCGCCAUCAUCAGCUGCACGACCAUUGACUGGUUCCACGAAUGGCCGCAGGAGGCGCUGGUGUCCGUUUCAGAAACAUUCCUCGGAACUCUCGAGUAUCUUCCUGAAUCCCUGCGAGGCUCCGUGUCCAAGUUCAUGGCGCACGUCCACACGUCCGUGAACGACAUGAGCCGACUCUACCUGACUAACGACCGCCGCUACAACUACACGACGCCCAAGACCUUCCUGGGCUUCAUCUCGCUCUACACGAAGCUCCUCUCGGCCAAGCACCAGGAACUCCAGGCUAAGAUCGAGAGGCUGCAGAACGGCCUGCAGAAGCUCAGGACGACCUCCACACAGGCGAGUCAUUUCAUAUUCAUCUUUUUCUUGGAUGAACUAGAUGUACUUUUAAAGCGAUAUAAUUGUAACUACAUUGGUUCUCAUUCCUUUCUGUCAUCUCUAGAACAUUAUUCCAUCACACAGGUGUCGCAAGGAAAACGAAAUCGCCAUGAAGAGAAAAAGAAGGUCGCCAUCAUCGAGGCCGAAGUGGCCAAGCGACGGAAGGAGUGCGAGGAGGACCUGGUCAAGGCAGAACCUGCCCUCGUCGCGGCAAAGGAAGCGCUCAACACGCUUAACAAGGCAAAUCUCACGGAGCUGAAAUCCUUCGGGUCGCCUCCGUCGGGCGUGGACAGAGUGACGGCAGCCGUGAUGGUGCUGCUGGCCCCCAAUGGUAAAAUUCCAAAGGACAGGUCCUGGAAAGCAGCCAAGGUGAUGAUGGCGAAGGUGGACCAGUUCUUGGACCAGCUCAUUAACUACGACAAGGAAAACAUUCAUCCAGACAUCAUCAAGAACAUUACACCUUAUCUAGAGGACAAUGAAUUCAACCCAGACUUCAUCCGUUCCAAGUCUGUAGCUGCUGCAGGCCUGUGUUCGUGGGUCAUCAACAUCAUCAGUUACUACGAGGUUUACUGCGAUGUGGAGCCCAAGCGACGCGCCCUGGAGGACGCCAACAACGAGCUGGCUGCGGCCCAGAGUCGCCUCACCGCCAUUAUCUCCAAGAUCAAGAGCUUGGAGGAACAGCUGGCGCGACUUCAGGCAGAGUUCGACAAAGCGACGGCCGAGAAAAUGAGAUGCGAGAAGGAAGCGAACAGCACCGCCCACACCAUCGCCCUCGCCAACCGCCUGGUCGGAGGCUUGUCCUCGGAGAAGAUCCGCUGGGCUGAAGCCGUGGCGCAGAUGCACACAUCAGAGAAGACCUUGCCCGGGGACAUCCUGCUGGUGGCUGCCUUCAUCUCCUACGUCGGUUGCUUCACGAAACACUACAGACGCGACCUCAUGGACAAGCUGUGGCUUCCUCUCCUGCAGAAGCUCAACCCCGUGAUCCCCAUCACGCACAACCUGGACCCCAUCAAGCUCCUGACGGACGACGCGACGAUCGCCGGCUGGAACAACGAGGGCCUCCCGUCCGACCGCAUGUCCACCGAGAACGCCAUCAUCCUCACCAACUCCGAUCGAUGGCCGCUCAUUAUCGACCCGCAGCUCCAGGGCAUCAAGUGGAUCAAGGCGAGGUACGGCGAACAGCUGAUCGUGGUGCGCCUCGACCAGAGGAACUCCAUCGACGUCCUGGAGGCCGCCAUCACCCGGGGCGAGACCGUCCUCAUCGAGAACCUCCCGGAGAGCCUCGACCCCGUGCUCGACCCGCUCAUCGGGAAGAACCUUAUCAAGCGCGGCAGAGCACUUAAAAUCGGCGACCGGGAAAUCGAAUACAACGACACAUUCCAGCUGAUCCUCCACACCAAGCUGGCCAACCCGCACUACAAGCCCGAACUGCAGGCGCAAUGCACCUUGAUUAACUUCACGGUGACGCGCGACGGGCUCGAGGACCAGCUGCUGGCGGAGGUCGUGAAGGCCGAGAGGCCAGACCUGGAGGAGCUCAAGUAUAACUUGACAAAGCAACAGAACGACUUCAAGAUUCAGCUGAAGCACCUGGAGGAUGACUUACUGAGCCGCCUGUCAUCCGCCGGAGGAAACUUCUUGGGAGACACGGCUUUGGUGGAGAAUCUGGAGCACACGAAGGCCACGGCCCAGGAGAUUCAGGAGAAGGUAGCCGAAGCCCGCAACACGAGCGCGCAGAUCGACGAGGCCCGCGAAUCACCGCCCGCCGCCGCCCGAGCCUCGCUCCUCUACUUCAUCCUCAACGACCUCCACAAGAUCAACCCCAUCUACCAGUUCUCUCUUAAGGCGUUCCGAGUGGUGUUCCAGCAGGCCAUCGAGCGCUCGGAGGCCAACGACGAGGUGCGGCUGCGCGUGAAUGCCCUCAUAGACACCAUCACGUACAGCGUGUUCCUCUACACCACCAGAGGACUCUUCGAGAAGGACAAGCUCAUCUUUGCCGCCCAGAUGACCUUCCAAGUCCUUGCCUCCCAGGGCGAGGUGGGCGCCAUCGAGCUGGACCUUCUGCUUCGGUUCCCGAUUCAGCCGAACGUGGUCUCGCCCAUCGACUUCAUCACCAACAACAACUGGGGCGCGAUUCGCUCCCUCUCGCAGGUCGACGAAUUCAGAAAUUUGGACCGCGACCUGGAGAACAGCGUGAAGCGAUGGCGCAUGUACUGCGAGUGCGAGGCGCCCGAGAAGGAGAAGCUGCCGGGAGACUGGAAGGGCAAGUCCGACGUGCAGCGGCUGGUCAUCAUGAGGGCGCUGCGUCCUGACCGCAUGACGCACGCCAUGCAGCUGUUCAUCGAGGAGCGGAUGGGGAGGAAGUACGUGGAGGGCGAGAACAUUGACUUCUCGCAGAGCUACGAGGAGAGUGGGCCGUCCACGCCUAUCUUCUUCAUCCUCUCCCCCGGCGUCGACCCUCUCAAGGACGUCGAGCGGCUCGGGCACAGCCUGGGCUACACCUGCGAGAACCGGCGUCUGCACAACGUGUCGCUGGGCCAAGGGCAGGAGAAGGUGGCGGAGGAGGCCAUUCAGAUCGCCUCCAGAGAGGGCCACUGGGUCAUCCUGCAGAACAUUCAUCUGGUGAGGCAGUGGCUUCCGCAGCUGGAGAAGAAGCUGGAGGCUCACGCAGACGGAGCUCACCAAGAAUACAGGGUCUUCAUGAGCGCUGAGCCAGCAAGCAAACCCGAGAACCACAUUUUGCCACAAGGCAUCCUGGAGUCGGCCAUCAAGAUAACAAACGAGCCACCUCGGGGCAUGCAAGCCAACCUCCACAAGGCGCUCUACAACUUCACGCAGGACACGCUCGAAAUGUGCUCCAAAGAGGCUGAAUUCAAAUCCCUCUUGUUCUCUCUGUGUUACUUCCACGCAUGCGUCGCGGAGAGGAGAAAGUUCGGGUCGCAGGGAUGGAACAGACCCUACCCAUUCAACACCGGUGACUUGACCAUCAGCGUGAAUGUCCUGUUCAACUACCUGGAGGCAAACAGCAAGGUUCCCUGGGAGGACCUCCGCUAUCUCUUCGGGGAGAUCAUGUAUGGGGGCCACAUCACGGACGACUGGGACCGCAGGCUGUGUCGCACAUACCUUGAGGAGUUCCUGCACCCAGACCAGCUGGAUGGAGAGCUGAACCUCGCACCAGGCUUCCCAGCGCCUCCCAACCUGGAUUACUCGGGCUACCACAGCUACAUAGAUACGUGUCUCCCCCAAGAAUCGCCCCACCUGUACGGCCUCCACCCCAAUGCCGAGAUCGGAUUCCUCACCAUGACGUCGGAGCACCUCUUCAAGACGGUGUUCGAGCUCCAACCGCGAGACAUGGGGAACACAGGAGGUGUCGUUAUCACAAGAGAAGACAAGGUGAAGCAGACCCUGGAUGAGAUCCUGGAGAAACUGCCCGAGGAGUUCAACAUGGCCGACAUCACGGGCAAGGUGGAGGAGCGAACGCCCUACGUCGUGGUCGCCUUCCAGGAGUGCGAGCGGAUGAACCUCCUCAUCCGCAUCAUCCGGAUGUCUCUCAAGGAGCUUGAUUUGGGCUUCAAGGGUGAGCUGAAAAUAACGUCAGCAAUGGAGGAGCUAAGCGGAGCGCUGUUCCUUGACCAAGUGCCCGAGUCAUGGGCGGUGCGGGCGUAUGCCUCCACUCUCGGGCUCACGUCUUGGUAUGCUGACCUGUUGCUCAGGAUGAAGGAGCUGGAGACUUGGGUCGGCGACUUCCAGGUGCCGCCGUCGGUGUGGCUGGCCGGCUUCUUCAACCCACAGAGCUUCCUAACGGCCAUCAUGCAGAGCACUGCUCGCAAGUGCGAACUUCCCCUCGACCAGAUGUGCUUGCAGUGCGACGUCACGAAGAAGAAUAAGGAAGACUUUACAUCGCCGCCUCGUGAGGGAGCCUAUGUACAUGGGCUGUUCUUGGAGGGAGCUUCUUGGGAUACAGAUAACUCCAUCUUGAUUGACUCUCGACUAAAGGAACUCCAUCCACUUAUGCCAGUUAUAUUCAUUAAGGCCAUCACCGUGGAUAAGGCUGAGAGCCGCAACCUGUAUGAGUGUCCCAUGUAUAAAACUCGGGAGCGAGGGCCUCAUUAUGUGUGGACCUUCAGCCUCAAGACGAAGGAGAAGCCGGCCAAGUGGAUCCUGGCGGGCGUGGCGCUCCUUCUGCAAGUGUAAUGACGACCACGGUGUUACCAAUAUUCAAUUAGACAUAUUGUCAGUUUUGUCCUUCAGAUGGCUAACUUUCUUUAACGUAUAUCGCAAAUGCCGUUUUUCUCCAGUGUUGAUAUAUGAUUUAAUUGGGCGAUCUAAACUGCUAUAUAUUACUAUUAUAAAAUGGACCUGUAUAGUAAAAUCGCUAUGUGCUUCAUUACAUACAAAAGAAUAUAAUUACUUAAGCUAACAGUUAACACACCAACAUAGGUAAAUUUCCGAUCAAGAGCUAACAUCAUAUUGGUUUUUGAAUUAUAUGUUUAUGUGAACAGUUCUUAUAUCUCAAUAUACUUUUUUAAAAAUUCGUCAACACAAAUUACAUAUUCUCAUAUUAAAACAUACCUAUUUUGCUUACCAAAAAAAAAAAAAAAAAAAAAAAAAGAGUAUACCCUUUCCUUUCUUAUCUUACAUGUGGAUAAGCCAUGAUAUGUGAUACCUA